GUGAUGCCAAUUCAAUGUUAAAAAAAAAUCCUCUAACGUUAUUUGAGAAUUCAAUAACACCACGCAUCCUCAUUGUCCACCAUGCCUUUUUCUACUUCCACAAAAACUUCAUUUGUUCAUUCUUCCCACAACCACUACUAUUGUAGCUCCAAAUUUUAUAUAUCUUGCCCUUACAUAAGCCUUUGAUUCCUCUUCAACUUCUUCAAUGUCUUCCCUAGUCCAACACAAGUACCUUCCAAGUUUUCGCCACGGACUAUGCACAAAGAGCACGCAAAUCCAACGAAUUCGCGUGUAUUGCUCCACCACCACCUCUACUACCACUGCCGUUAAGUCUAAGUCCAAUGUCAAACAAUUAACUGUGGAGCCCAAACUUGCACUACCGUCGAUAAAGGUGGUAACCGCCGCUAACCGUCCAUCGGAUAGCGACCUAAGUUUGCAAUCUACAUGGACUCAUCGUGCAUGGGUGGCAGCCGGAUGCACAACUUUGCUAAUUUCUUUGGGAGAGUCCAUUAAUGGUGCAAUUGAUAUGCAUAUGUGGGUUGAGCCCAUUUUGGCAGGUUUGGUUGGUUACAUCUUAGCUGAUCUCGGGUCAGGGGUUUACCAUUGGGCUAUUGAUAAUUAUGGAGAUGGGUCAACCCCAUUAGUUGGAGCCCAAAUUGAAGCUUUCCAAGGCCAUCAUAAAUGGCCUUGGACUAUUACUAAGCGUCAAUUUGCUAACAAUUUGCACGCACUUGCGCGUGUGGUGACCUUUAUAGUGCUUCCUAUUGAUCUUGUUUUCCAUGACCCUAUAGUUCAAGGUUUCGUUGGGGUGUGCUCUGGUUGCAUUAUGUUUAGCCAACAAUUUCAUGCAUGGGCCCAUGGGACAAAGAGCCGGCUUCCGCCGCUCGUGGUGGCUUUGCAAGAGGGUGGAGUGCUUGUGUCACGGUCGCAGCAUGCGGCGCACCACCGGCCACCGUAUAACAAUAAUUACUGUAUAGUAAGUGGAGUGUGGAAUGAGUUUUUGGAUAAAAGUAAAGCUUUUGAAGCUAUGGAAAUGAUAUUGUAUUUUAAACUUGGAGUUAGGCCUAGGUCAUGGAGUGAGCCUGCUUCUGAGUGGGUGGAGGAGGUUGAGAUUGCUUCUCAAAGCCAAGCCCAAUGACCCUUACCUUUUUUUUUCUUUAUUAAAAUAUUUAUUAUUUAUUGCACAUAAUGUGUGGCUAUAUGACUUAUCUCUAUUCUUUCCACACAAAUAAAAAUUAAUAGAUUUUUAUUUUUUUGUUUUAAAA